GAGUCGUGACGAAAGAGGAAGAAGAAACUCGAAUGUCGGAUUGGCAGCGAUUGAAAGACGAUGAGAAUGAACGUUUACUUAAAGAAAGCAGAACUAUUUCUGAUAUUCUUUUUGUUUCAAAUGUCGAUGUUUACAGAAAUCUUCCAUCCCAGUUGCUUCAGUUUUUCUCGUGGCUCUCGGCGACUUUAAGUUUUUCCUUUGUAAUGAAAACUGACGAUGAUUGUUUUGUUAACCUGGAGACCAUCUUACAGUGUACCGAAGAACUUCACGACUGAAGAAAUAUUUGAUAUUUUUAGGAAAUGGAAAGUCAUAAU